AUGUAUCGGACAACGGUGCGAACGGCCUCGCGAAAGGCUCUCGGCGGCCUUCAUACACAGACAUUUCGGUCUGUUCCCCGCCGAUUUGCAUCGACAGCGACUCCCACAUACGGAGCUCGGACAUGGAAGAGCUCUGCAUUGAGAUGGGGUCUUGCAGUCGGUGCUGUAUACUACUACAAUACCAGCUCUGUUUUUGCCGAUGAAUCUACCGCCCAUGCAACCGCCGCUCCCUCUGCUUUUGCCGAGUCCGAUGUGCCAACCGUAGACGCAGUAAUUGAACAAAAGCGCAAACAGCUCAAGCCCAAGACCGAGCAGCAAUCAAAGCCAGUUGAGCAGAAGCAGCAGAUCCCCGAAGCACAACCCAAGCCCGAGGCUCAUACCACGGUUGCGGUCAAUUCACCAGAGACUCUCGAGGACGAAGCUGGCCAGGAGGGCGCAUUUAAUCCCGAGACUGGCGAAAUCAAUUGGGAUUGCCCAUGUCUAGGAGGAAUGGCCCAUGGCCCUUGUGGCGAGGAAUUCAAGACGGCUUUCAGCUGUUUUGUCUACUCAACUGAAGAGCCUAAGGGAAUGGACUGCAUCGAAAAAUUCCAGGGAAUGCAAGAUUGCUUCAAGCAGUACCCGGAAAUUUAUGGCGCCGAACUCUCCGAUGACGGCGAAGAUGCUACCGACGACUUGCAUCAACUUCCUCGUGAGGAGCCACAGGAGGCAUCUGCUCCCGUUGCUGCCAAGGAGAGCAGUCUCGAGACUGAUAAUCUACCUGGUGUGAAGACGCUAGACGAUAGCGGUGUUCCCAAGAAGUGGGAAGACGCCACCGCGGCGGACAAGAAGGAUGCCAAGGCUGACCAGCCCGGAGUGAAAGCUGAAGAGGAAAAGACCGAGGCGAAGGAGGAGGAAAAGAAAGAGUAA